AUGUCCACCUCGAUCGCCGUCCCAAGGACGGCCCCAAUAGCUAUCGCGCCAAAACCCCCCGCGGCACGCUUCCCACCGAGUCGACAGGGCAGUGUGCACCACCACGGCCACAACUUUGACUCUUACGGGAGCGGGUUCAACUCGCCUGAUUCGGGGUCGGUGCUGAGCUUGAACACGCCGCCGUGCGAGGCUUGCCGGAACAGGAGGAGUGAGUGCGUUAUGGGUGAGGAUACUGAGGAGCACUGCGUGGCUUGUCAGUAUAGUGGGACCGAGUGCUCGUUGGUGGAGAGCAGUGGGAGUAGCAGCCCUUUGGGGGCGAGGAAGAGGAAGUUGAAUGGAGGGGAUGGGGCGGAGGAGGGGAGGAGUAAGAGGAGUUCCCCAGGACGGUCUGAUAACAGAUCGCAGCGUCGGCGGCAGAACCAGCACCACCAGCAACCCAGCGUCUCGUGCACCACGACCAGCAGCUCCCUAAUCGAAGACAUGGCCAACUUUGGCGGGCCCACGCUGCUUAAGCGCACGUUGGGGCUGCAGGCGGAUCGGUACUGCCAGUACAUUGGGCCCACCACUGACUUUGAACCCUCGCUCAUCAACCUGUCAUCAUUCGACCCGCAAGAUGAGAGUCUGCUCGCGAGGGGGACGUUGAGGAGGGUGAGCGACAACGACACGUUCUUGUUGCUGCCGGACAACAACACGCCAGGGUAUGAUCACAUCGUCGAGGACGCGGACGAGAUUGAGAACAUUGUGGCGCCGCACGGGAGGAGGCUGAUCGACCUCUACUUUCGGGUAGUGCACCCGGGCUUUCCCAUCAUUCAACGGAGUGUGUUUUAUGAAAAGUACGAGAGGAGCCAUCGCGAGUUUUCGCCGCCGUUGCUGGCGGCCGUGUAUAUCCUGGCCAUCAACUGGUGGGAGCACGAGGAGGAGCUGGCGGGGUUGCCGAAGCCGAAUGUGAGGGAGCUGGAGAGGUUGGUGAGGACCACGUUGGCGGAUGCCAUGUACAGGCCGAAGCUGUCGACGAUACAGGCGGGGCUGCUGUUGAGCCAGAGGCCGGAGGGGGAUCAGUGGGCGCCAACUGCGCAGCUUGUGGCGGUGGGACAGGAGCUGGGGUUGCAUUUGGACUGCACGAACUGGAAGAUUCCGCCUUGGGAGAGGGGGUUGAGGAAGAGGCUGGCUUGGGCUCUGUAUUUGCAGGAUAAAUGGGGCGCCCUCGUCCACGGCCGACCUUCCCACAUCUUUGCGUCCAACUGGGCCGUCCAGCCGCUCAACCCCAACGACUUUCCCGACAUUGAAUUCGACGAGACCGACUCCGAGGAACGGCUCGAGCUUGAGAGGGGUCGGGUCCUUUUCAGGCAAAUGGUCCAGCUUUCCCGAAUCCUGGCCGAAAUCCUGGACACGUUUUACACUUUGCAGGCAACCUCUCAGAUCGCCAACGCCGGCCCGCAGGGCACUCAGCUCGUCUUGUCCCUCGCCAAGCCCAUCCAGCUCAAGCUCAAGGAGUGGUAUUCCGCCCUCCCGGCCCUCGUCAGGAUGGACUCGACCUUUCAGACCACACCCUCGUCCUCUUCGGGGAGCAGGUUCUCCCCGAUCGGCUAUCUGCACCUGGCCUACUUUGCAACCGAGAUCACGCUCCAUCGCCGCAUCAUCAGGUCCAUGUCCACCCUUCCGGAGGACAACAAUGCCAACACGCCGUCCAUCGACCCUUACAUCCAGCACAUUUGCCGCUCGGCCGCCAAGGCCAGACUCAUCUCCGCAAUGGAUUUUGUCAACCGGCUCACUCCGUCCCACCUGAGGGCGUUUUGGUACUUUGCCUCCAAGACAAACUUUGCGCUGAUCGGGACGUUUGGGAGUUUGCUGUGGGGGACGAGCCCGGGGAGGGAGGAGGCUGAGUGGUAUAGACGGCGGCUGGGCGAGUACAGGUGGACGCUGAGCGUGUCAAGCAAGCCGGGGGAGGGGACGAGCAAGGGGUUGACCGAGUUUGCGAUGGGGAUGCUGGAUAUCAGCACGGGGUUGUUGAAGAAGCUGCCGGAGAAGCCGUUGUUGAGUCGGAGCGGGAGUGAGGUUGGGUUUGGAGGGCCAGGGGGGGUGGAUCAAGUGAGGAGGAGCAGCUUGUUUGCCUUGGGGCAUGCGGGGGGGAGUUCGGCGAGUUUGAACAGCAUGGCUGGGGGCGGUGGGAGGGGGGGGACGGGAGGGGGGUUUAGUUUGGGGAUGCAGAGUCCCAGGAGUGAUAUUGGGGAGGAGGAGGGGGAGGAGAUGGACAGUGAGGAUGAUGGGGAGGGGGAGGGGGAAGGGGAAGGGGGGGGGUAUGGGAGUUAUUCGGUUGGGAACUGAGCCUGCUUGACGGUUUUGAACUGGGGGGGGAGAGGUCAGACGGGGGUUUCGUGUGUGGAUUUUUGAGUUGCGCUCUGCUUUAUAUGGGGGAGCUCGGGUUCAAGACGGGAAUUUCCCUGCCAUACGGGGAAGAAGGAAGUGGAGAGUGGUGGUGCAGAGGUGGCAGUCGCCAUGACUUCCCAUUUGGGAACACACAAUAUUGGCAGAUUUUCAGCUUGACGAUGCAGUCAGAGAGCUGGAAACUGCCUUUAUUUGAUCCCCUCAAAACUUCCGCGGAGAUGCAAAGAUUGCGCGAUGGGGAGCACGCGAUCUACCCGCUUUCUACGUGUUCUACUUUUUCUGUACCAACAGGGUUUGUGGGGAAUGUCAUGUGCCAGCAGGUAAUAGCGUCAUUUUUCUUUUUUUUUGGGGGGAGGACCCUAGGUGCAUUAAGUGUGAGGGGAACUGUCACCAUCACAUGAGAGAGUAAGGGAGGGCUUUUUCUUUUUCUUUUCUUGGAUGAUUUGAUGAAACACAUGUUAUGAUUCUCUUUUUGAUACCCGAGUUCUAUAUGUUUUUAUAGAAGGUUGCGGGUAGGAAUUUUUCUUUUUUUUUUUUUUUUUCCGAAGGGUAUCAUGGCAAGGGAGGGGAUGGUAAAGAUUGAUAUAACUUGAUAUGAUAGGUAGGAAGGAUUAGGAUAGACUGACUGGCAUGAUGUUAUGGCAACGAUGUUUAGAUUUUUAUGAAAGAGAGAUUGGAAUAGAAUAGAGAGUCAGUCGUGUUAUUGUUACAGUGUUGAUUUAUUUUCCU